UGAUUCAGGAGCCGAAGAUCGAUUUGGAGGAUGGACGCCAAAGCUCGAAAUUGCCUGCUUAAGCAUAGGGAGGCAUUGGUAAAAGAUAUCAAGACCUCCUAUAUUAUGGAUCACAUGAUUUCUGAUAGAACAUUAACCUUAUCAGAAGAGGAGAAAGUAAGAAAUCAGGGCACCCAAGAGGAAAGAGCUGCGAUGUUAAUUAAAAUGAUUCUUCAAAAAGACAAUUUUUCAUACAUAUCAUUCUACAAUGCUCUGUUACACGAAGGGUACAAAGAUCUCGCCGCCCUUCUCCAAGAUGGGGUUCCGUUUACUGCUUCUCCCAAAGGAAAGGAUACAUUGGAUGGCGUGACUUCUUAUGUCAGGGCAGUCUUGUGUGAAGGUGGAGUACCUCAGCGGCCAGUUGUGUUUGUUACUCGGAAAAAACUGGUGAAUGAAAUUCAACAGAAGUUGUACAGAUUGAAUAACGAUCCAGGCUGGGUCACGGUGUACGGUAUGGCAGGCUGUGGAAAGUCAGUUUUGGCAGCUGAAGCUCUCAGAGACCACCGCCUCUUAGAAGAUUGCUUUCCAGGAGGUGUGCAUUGGAUUUCAGUGGGAAAGCAAGAUAAAGCAGGGUUCCUCAUGAAACUUCAGAAUCUUUGCAUGCGACUCGAUCAAGACUCCAGCUUCUCCCAGAGGCCACCGUUAAACAUCGAAGAGGCUAAAGAUCGCCUUCGUAUUCUGAUGCUGCGCAAAUACCCAAGUUCUCUCUUGAUCCUGGAUGAUGUUUGGGAUUCCUGGGUGUUAAAAGCUUUUGAUAAUCAGUGUCAAGUUCUUCUCACAAGCAGAGACAAGAGUGUGACCGACUCUGUUAUGGGUCAAAAAUAUGUUGUCCCUGUGGAGAGUGGCUUGGGCAAGGAAAAAGGACUUGAGAUUUUGUCGCUUUUUGUUAAUAUGAAAAAGACAGACCUUCCAGAACAAGCUCAUGGUAUUGUACAGGAGUGUAAAGGUUCACCUCUUGUAGUAUCUUUAAUUGGAGCAUUAUUACGUGAUUUUCCCAAUCGCUGGGAGUACUACCUCAGACAGCUUCAGAAUAAGCAGUUUAAAAGAAUAAGGAAAUCAUCAUCUUAUGAUUAUGAAGCCUUGGAUGAAGCCAUGUCAAUAAGUGUUGAAAUGCUUACAGAAGAAUUCAAAGACUAUUACAAAGAUCUUUCGAUCCUGCAAAAGGAUGUUAAAAUACCCACCAAGGUGAUAUGCAUUCUUUGGGACAUGGAGACUGAAGAAGUUGAAGACAUACUACAAGAAUUUGUCAAUAAAUCUCUCCUGUUUUGUGAUCGUAAUGGAAAGUCAUUUCAUUAUUAUUUACAUGAUCUUCAAGUUGACUUUCUUACAGAAAAGAAUCGCAGUCAACUUCAGGAGCUGCAUAAAAAGAUAGUCAAUCAAUAUCAGAAACAUUACCAAUUACGUACCCUUUCUCCAGAUCAGGACGACUGUAUGUACUGGUACAACUUUCUGGCCUAUCAUAUGGCAAGUGCCAAUAUGCAUAAAGAACUUUGUGCUCUCAUGUUUUCCCUGGAUUGGAUUAAAUCAAAAACAGAGCUGGUAGGACCUGCUCAUCUGAUUCAUGAGUUUGCAGAAUAUAGGCAUAUAUUGGAUGAGAAGGAUUGCACCGUCUGUGAGAAUUUUCAGGAGUUUUUGUCUUUGAAUGGACAUCUUCUAGGAAGGCAGCCAUUUCCUAACAUUGUACAGCUAGGACUCUGUGAACCUGAAACUUCUGAAGUGUAUCGACAUGCCAAAUUACAGGCCAAGCAAGAGGUUGAUAAAGGGAUGCUUUACCUGGAAUGGAUAAACAAAAAAAACAUCAAGAACCUCUCCCGCUUGGUUGUCCGCCCACAUACAGAUGCUGUUUACCAUGCCUGCUUCUCUGCGGAUGGCCAGAGAAUAGCUUCUUGUGGAGCUGAUAAAACCAUGCAGGUAUUUAAAGCUGAAACUGGCGAGAAACUUCUGGAAAUCAAGGCUCAUGAAGAUGAAGUGCUUUGUUGUGCAUUCUCUCCAGAUGACAAAUUUGUAGCAACCUGUUCAACCGAUAAAAAAGUGAAGGUUUGGAAUUCGCAGACGGGGAAACUAAUUCAUACUUACGAGGAACAUACAGAGCAGGUCAACUUCUGCCAAUUCUCCAACACAACCAAUCCCCCUUUGUUAGCCACCUGUUCCAAUGACCAGUUCCUCAAACUCUGGGAUUUGAACCAAAAAGGAUGUCGAAAUACAAUGUUUGGUCAUUCAAAUUCAGUCAACCACUGCAGGUUUUCCCCAGAUGAUAAGUAUUUGGCUAGCUGUUCAGCAGAUGGUACAUUAAAGCUUUGGGAAGUGGCUUCAGCAAAUGAGUGGAAGAGCAUCGAUGUGAGUCAGUUUUUUCAAAAUUCAGAACAUCAGGAAGAUGUGGAAGUUUUGGUGAAAUGUUGUUCAUGGUCAGCUGAUGGUGCUACAAUAAUGGUGGCAGCCAAAAACAUGAUUUUUCUUUUUGAUGUUAGAACUAGUGGCCUGUCAGCAGAAAUCCGAACAAGCCAUCACAGCACUGUACAAUACUGUGACUUCUAUUCCUGCAAUCACUUGGCAUUAGUAGCUUUGUCACAUUACUGUGUGGAAUUAUGGAAUACAGAUACUUGUCUUAAAGUAGCUGACUGUAGAGGACACCUAAGCUGGGUCCAUUGUGUGACAUUUUCUCCUGAUGGAUCUUCAUUUUUGACAUCGUCUGAUGACCAGACAAUUAGGGUUUGGGAUACAAGUAAAGUGUGCAAGAAUUCAGCUGUAAUGUUAAAGCAAGAAAUAGAUGUUGUAUUCCGGGACAAUGAAGUGAUGGUUCUUGCCGUUGACACCCUAAGACGUCUGCAACUAAUAAAUGGAAAAACUGGUCAAACGGAUUAUUUGACUGAAGCUCAGGAAUCUCUCAUUUGUUGCUGUUGUCUAAGUCCGACUCUUGUAUCUGUAGCUUUUGGAGAAGAAGAUGGAACUGUUAAGAUUUUGGAACUCCCAAAUGGAAGAAUGUUCAAGUCCAAGAUUAAGCAUAAGAAACCUGUCCAACACUGCCGAUUUACAUCAGAUGGCAAGACUGUUAUUUCAAGCUCUGAUGACCCUGUCAUUCAGGUGUGGAUCUGGCAGACAGAAGAAUAUGUGUUUCUUCAAGCACACCAAGAAUCAGUGAAGGAUUUUAGGCUUUUGCAGAAUUCAAGAUUAUUUUCCUGGUCCUUUGAUGGAACAGUUAAGGUUUGGAACAUUCUGACUGGGAAAGUAGAAAAAGACUUUUUCUGUCAUCAAGGUGCAGUUCUGUCUUGCAAUAUUUCACCGGAUACCACAAAGUUUUCAUCUACCUCUGCCGACAAAACUGCCAAGAUUUGGAGUUUUGAGAACUCAUCUCUUCUUCAUGAACUGAGAGGCCACGAAGGCUGUGUGAGAUGUUCUGCCUUUUCUGAUGACAAUUCAUUACUGGCAACUGGAGAUGACAACGGAGAAAUAAGGAUAUGGGAUGUCUCAAAAGGCGAGAUCCUCCACCUGUGUGCUCCCGGGCCAGUGAGUGAGGCAUCCACUCAUGGUGGUUGGGUGACUGACCUCUGCUUUUCCUCCGAUAGCAAAAUCCUGGUGUCGGCUGGAGGAUUCCUUAAGUGGUGGAAUAUGGACACAGGAGAAUCCUUACAGACCUUUUACACAAAUGGAACCAAUCUCAAGACAAUAUUUGUAUCUCCUAAUUUCAAAUCUUAUGUUACUGUUGAUAAUCUUGGCAUUUUAUAUGUUCUACAAAUGUUGGAAUGAAAUGAUGUAAGAUCCUUUUUUAUAUUGCCAUUCCCAAGUCCAUAUUUCAAAUUUUGUAAAGCUGUGAUACCCUCUACAGUAUUUCAUUCACUGAUGAAUACUUAUGUAGCUUUUCCCCCCAAAUGAAUAUCCAUUUAAUUUUGUUUUUCUUGACUAUUCUUUACUUGCAAAUGAAAAUCUGUAGCUUGCUGGACUGUUAAACCUGGUCUUAGAGAUGAAUUCACGUUAAGUUGAAAUAAUGUAAUGCAUAAAAUUCAUGUUUUGGUUUGCUGUUGCUGUUCGACUCUUACCGUUGCAGUCUUGGCAUCAAGUGUUCUUUGGGUCCUAAAUUGCUGGUGUUCAGUGUGAGCCUCAGACUUUUUAAUCAGUUAGAAAUUUUCAGUAGCUUACCUCAUCCAUACAGUGCAGGGUCAUCAUAAACCUCAGUGUGCUGUAGAAAUACAACCAUCAGCACUGCAUUCUCAAUUUGCAUUAAAAUCAUGGUAGCUAAAUUUAAAGAAUUUUGUAGUGAACACCAGUUUUGGAAAUGGAAGGGGUAGUACAUGUUGCUGUUUCUGUAUAAAGGAAUACUCAUCUUGAGAGUCUCAUCAGUCACAUCUAAGAGAAAUGCUUCAAGUGAUAGGAAUUUGCAAAAUGCAGGGCCAAAGAAAAAG